AUCAUCAACGCUAUCGAUACAAUCGAUAUUGAAAAAGCAGCGGGUUUUCAUAAUCAAUGAAUGUUGCACGACAUACAAAAAUGUAUCGACAAAGAACUUGGAAUUAUUUCUAUUCUUAUUUUUCAAGGAGAUGUUCGACAUUAGAACAACUGAAAGAUCAUUCCAUUCUUGACCGAUUAACGAAAUCAAGCGAAGAUGUUGCUUCUUUUAUCCGUUUCAAUCGGAUUAUUCAGCCGAUUGACAUUGAACGUUUUCGUGAACUUGUUGCUGAUUCAAAAGAAACGGAAUUAAAAAUUCGGCUAAUAUGCUGUGAAUAUGAAUAUCUUUGCCGUUUAAACUCUCGUACACCUUCAAAAAUAUCAAUUGAAAAUAUGAAAAUUAUGCUUAACAUGAAAUCUUCAGAACAACGUCAAAUUUUAUUGGUCAAAUCUUAUUUUCGGGAAACGGUGAAAAUGCGUUCCAAAGCUAAAAAAUUGAUCAGAAGAAAAUUAAAGGAACAACAAUCUACGUCCGAAUUAUCAACCGAUCUAACAGGAAUUUUCGAUUCCUCACAUAAUGACGCCCAAAUUCGUUAUGGCUUGUGGAAAAAUUGUCUGUUCAGUCGAUUUACCAAAAGUCCCCGAUUGAUAUUACAAUCUGGAAUAAAUUCACAACUAUGGGGUCCAACAUUAGCCUUUGAUUGGCACCUACCCGAACAAGUUCUAAUAGAAAACAAUAGCGAAAAAAAGUUUAUUGCAAAUCGAGAACAAAACAUCAAAAAGUUAGCUGAUUCAAUAUUCACUAUCUGCAACCAUAAUCUUAAAUCCUUCCAAUCAUCCUUUAACGUGGUACAUUUGAAUUUGACCAAAGAUCUACCAAUACGAAUUCUUCCAUAUCUUCAGAAAUCGUUAGAACAAUCAUUAUUAGAUCGUACAUUUUUCAAUUAUAACCACAAUUCUUAUCAAACAUUUUUCGGUGAUAAAAUAGUCUUCUAUAUCGAUCCUUAUGCAUCAAAAAUUUUGACGAACGAAGAUUUAAAGAUACAACAAGAUUUGAUUUUUAUAUUUAAUCCUUACUCAGAACUAAAGGGUUUGAAAUUGAAAUUUAUUGAAAAUAUGUUCGAAUAUAAGAAAAAUGAAUCGAAUGGUGAUGAUAGGAUACGAUUUCGGCGAUUGCCCUUACACGAUCUGGUUGUAGCUCCAAAACAAAGAUAUUUAAUUCUAUCAUUUUAUAUUGAAUGCUUAAGACAAGUUAUUUUCGAUCAGAUCGAUUGGAUUGAAGCUUUGUACAAAAAUGUUCCGAAGAAAUAUUACAAAUAA